AUUGUUCGCUGCUGGCUAGGAACAAAGGGGUUGGCUCCUUCACCACUUUUCAACAUCUGUGUUGCUAAAAAAAACGCUACCUUGGAGGAGCAAAAAUAACGCACCUGAGGAAAUACUAAUUAUUGCCACUUUUGUUUUGCUUUUCGUUUUGUUUCGGAGGAGCACUGAAAUAACGGCUAUUUUAAGCUGAGCCUGAAGGUGCUUCAAAUUGGGACAGCUAGCAUUCAAACUAGCCUGCUAACCGAGCAGUGGUGUUGAAAAAAAACACCGCGUUUCGUUUAACCAUUCGGUGCAGGCUGUUCGUCUAAGUCGUUCAAGCUGUACUCCCCCAAGGAGCCCGGCCCUAACGGCAGUGCCUUCCCCCCCUUCCACCCCGGCACCAUGCUGGACAGGGACGUGGGGCCAACACCAAUGUACCCCCCGUCAUACCUAGAGCCUGGCAUGGGGAGACCAACACCAUACGGAAACCAGACAGACUACAGGAUAUUUGAGCUCAACAAACGGCUACAAAACUGGACAGAGGACUGUGACAAUCUCUGGUGGGAUGCCUUCACCACAGAGUUCUUUGAGGAUGAUGCCAUGCUCACCAUCACCUUUUGUCUGGAGGACGGGCCCAAACGAUACACUAUCGGCCGGACAUUGAUCCCGCGGUACUUCCGGAGUAUCUUUGAAGGUGGCGCCACUGAGCUGUUCUACACAUUGAAGCACCCUAAAGAGUCCUUCCACACUAACUUUGUGUCUCUGGACUGUGACCAGUGCACCAUGGUUACACAGAACGGCAAGCCCAUGUUCACACAGGUGUGUGUGGAGGGCCGUCUGUACCUGGAGUUCAUGUUUGACGACAUGAUGAGGAUCAAGACGUGGCAUUUUAGCAUCAGACAACACAGAGAAGUCCUGCCUCGCAGCAUACUGGCCAUGCACGACCCUCAGAUGCUGGAUCAGCUGGCUAAAAACAUCACAAGAUGUGGCCUGUCCAACUCCACACUCAAUUACCUCAGGCUGUGUGUGAUUCUGGAGCCCAUGCAGGAGCUGAUGUCCAGACACAAGACCUACAGCCUCAGCCCCAGGGACUGUCUCAAGACCUGCCUCUUCCAGAAGUGGCAACGCAUGGUGGCCCCACCAGCUGAGCCUGCCAGACAAGCGCCCAACAAGCGGAGGAAAAGGAAGAUGUCUGGCGGGAGCAACAUGAGCGCUGGUGGAGGAAACAACAGCAAGAAGAAGAGUCCUGCAAACAACUUCCCUCUCUCCACACAGGUACCUGAUGUGAUGAUGGUGGGCGAGCCCACACUGAUGGGAGGGGAGUUCGGAGACGAAGAUGAGCGUCUGAUCACGCGGCUGGAGAACGGCCAGUUCGACACGGCUAACGGAGCGGGGGGCCUGGAGGACGAGGACAGUUUUGGUAGCUCCCCUGCUCUGGGGGGCGCACACUCCCCCUGGAACAACAAGACGCCCAGCAGCCAGGACAGCAAGAAUGACGCACAGUAGAGCCACAACCAUAAACCCUAACUCACCACCCAGAUACGCUACUCAUCUACCUGCAAAAUGAAUCCCACUCAUGCUCUCUCGCACAUGCUCAGUGGUGCUCAACCCCGGCCCUCUUCCCCUUGCUCAUCAGUGCUAGGCCUGACUCUGUUCUGUUUGUGUGUGUGAGAGAGCCUGUGCUUACUGGUCAGAGUGUUUGAGUCAGAGCUGGGUUCGGCCUUCUAUGAUCAGUGCUAGCUAGCCAUGUUGGCCAUUUUGCUGGCGGACAUAUUGGCGGGUUCUUGUUCCAACCUCGGGUCUCUGGGUGUAUUGCCUUGACAGCCGUACCUCUUUCUGUUGUGCUCACCUCACAGGGAAGGAAUACCUAUCUUUUAUUUAUUAUCUCUUAGAUUUUAGCAGAGUAAAACGUAUUGUGUGCACUACAGCAUAAAUCCAACGUUCAGUUUUUAAAAAACUAAAUUAUUUGUUUUGUAGGACCUGGUUGGAACAAAAACCUGUACACUGCCGGAGCUUGAGGACCGGAGUUGAGAACCGCUACGCUAAACCUAAAACACACACAACACACGCACGCAACUCAUACACACACACACACAACUCGCUCGCACACACACACACAGACACUCUGAGGUACUGGAGAGCGGUCCUACUUCCCCACCUGGACCAGAGCACCAGGCCAUACAGAAGUGGGUUUUAAUUUUCUAUGUUUUUAGUUUGAUUUAAAUUUUUUAUUUUUAUAUCAAUUUCUAAAAAUGAAACAGACGAGCAAACAAAUAAAUGAAACAAAAAUACACCCCAGAAUAUUCUUUACUGUUUUCCACUAUCUUCAAUCUAUUUUUCUUAUGAAUUGAUGGUGUAUUUUGUUCUUUUUAUUAUGGCUUAUAUAAAGAAAUUGUAAAGCGUCAGAAACCUGUGACUGGAGAGGAGAAUCUACGGUAUGUAACUGUAUAAAUAUUACUGUUAGAUCAUUUGUAUUAUUGUCAUUAAGAUUACUACAUCUAUGUAAUAUUGAAUUGUCUAUGCCUGAUACAGUAUGUUGCCUGUCAGUGUCAGACAUGGUAAUGACGUUAUAACGAAUCCCAGUGAUUCGGAUCUGAAGGGAAAAGCCACCUCUUUUAAUGUCCAAGCCUGCAACUUAAAUAGCACCAUAUUCCCUGUGAACUACUUUUGACAAUGACCCAUAGGGCUCUGGUCAAAAGUAGUGCACUAUAUAGAGCAGUGGUUCUCAACUGGUUUUUCCUGGGGACCUAAUUUGAACCAGGUCUGUCGUGGUCCAGUAUUUGCAUUGCGUUGUUUGUUGUUGCCAAAAUGCAUACUAUUUUCAAUGCUAUAUUGAUAGUAAAUGUAUCAAUUAUAUGACAAGGGAACCACAGUUCAAUUUUGCCCAUAUUCUUGAAGAAUGUUAAACUCACUGGUUUGAGACUACAAAAUCAACCCAAUCUGCUAAAUAGUGCUGCUAAUAACUCUAUAUUGAAAAUACUGUGAUUUUUAAGAAAAAUAGUUGAGGUUAAAUUAAAUAUAGUUUCAUUAUAAUUGUUUGUCGUUUAACUUCAGACUUGAGGAUGUAUUUUAUUUUUAACUGGGACACUCGCGACUCAUUCAAAACCUCUCACGAGAGACCCACCAGUUGAGAAUUGCUGAUCUAGAGGAUAGGGUGCCAGUUGAGACCCAUCCCAACUCCCUGUCUACUUAUCUGCUCAGUACCUCACGUCCACACCUCAGACAGUACAGACACGUAUUCUCUCUCCGAUAUGCUACGGAAACUUUUGAAGACCAUUUUGGCACGGCAUUGUAAGAUAUAAGAAAACAACACAUUUUGUAUUGGCUUGCGUUUCCCAAUAAUUUGUAAUCACUAUUUUUGAAAGCUACAAACCAAGAAGCUACUUUGCAAGAUCCUUUUAAAUAUUGAUCCCCGAUAUGCUAUUUGUUUGUAUUAAGAAUAAUUUUGUGCGCUCUUUCCCCUCUUAUGUUUUUGUGUCUGUGCUUGUAUAUUUAAGGUAGUUUCUGUAUAAUUGUUCUUCUACGUAUCCUUCCUUAGAUCAACACCCUAUGGCAUCUCUCCAAUGUAAAGAUACAUUUUAAAACUUUUUUUUUUUUUUUUUACUGUUUGGAAAUUCCAUUCAAGGGUACAACCACCAUUCAUGAGAGCUGGCUAUGAAUUUUUGUUCUACAUACAAUUUAUUUAUUUUGAUACCGAUGCCAAUAGCUAGGUUUCCAUCCACUUUGCGACAGAUUUUCAUGUGAAUAUUCUAAAAUCUGCAUAAAACAAUAUGCGCAUUUUCCUACCAGAGAUGUUUCCAUCAAACUGACUUUUUGCUGAUAAAAGGCUGUGCGCAAUGACGUAGUAGACAAAACUAACUUUUGCAGUUAAAUUCCUAUGUAUUCAAGUUAAAUAGGUUUUUAUUGCAUUUUCAACUCUACUGAUGGUUUUGUCACGAACAUUGUUGCGUUUUUGUAGCAAAUGUACACGCUCUGGUUUUGACAGGUGCACUCUAGCCAACAGCUCACAGAUACAGUGCGGGUAGGCUACCUACAUUAUAAGAUGAUUAUGGAUAAGAGCGAUUUUUAUUGGUCAAACUGCAGCCAAGCAUCUAUCAUUUCACCAGAAUAAGACCCUCAAUAUUUAGUGGAAAGGAGCAUCAAGUUCUUCACCUUGCACAUUCACCACCCUAUGAAGCUGUAGCCUACUUUAAACUCGUCGUGGGAGAACCAUAUACCAUAUCAUCGCGUGACUCCCAAGUUUACUAAAAUAUUAUGGUUAUUAUAUCAAUAUUUGCGCAUAAAGGUGUUUCACCCCCAUUGUUUUGCACAAUUCAUUUGAGACACAAAAAGAUGCCACCAUGUCGAACAAACAAAUUGGCUGUCAGCUUUUAUAAAAUUGUACCAGCAUUUCCUGUUUCCAUCAGCACUGUCAAUACUUUUAUGCGUCAGGUAAUUCAUCUGCAUGAAAUGGUUGGAUGGAAACCUGGUUAAUGAGUUUGCAAGUUCAUGUACAAUAUCUAUGCCUUUGCCCCCAAUGUCAUUUUGUAGGCUUUUCUGGCUAUGUCAUCUUAACUAUACUUCACAUUUUCAAUAACUGACCCCGAUGUCACGAUCAACAUUGAUGUCUGAAAAGACUAGAGAAUUACAUUAUUUUCACAUGCUUUUCCAUACGUUUCUCAUAGGUAACUUGACAUGCUUUUCAGUCAAGUCAAUAGGAAGAAAUCACCAUAGGAAAAAAAAGAUUAUAGAAAAAGGACUACUUAAAAAUAAAAAUCUGUCAAAUCCAUCAGGACCUAAGUUAAACGAGUAAUGCAUUUCUCGCUCUCUAUAUAUUAAUCUUUAACGCUGCAUUGUUGAAAGACCUGUACGUAAGCAUUUCACUGUUAGCCUACACCUGUUGUUUAGGAAGCAUGUGACAAAUAAAAUUUGAUUUGACAGUGA